AUGGAUCCUUCAGAAGUUGAAUUCGUCGCAGAAAAGGAAAAAAUAUCGAUCCUGACGAACUUCUCUGAGAACAAAAUUUAUUUGAUCGGGGUAAGCUUUGUUUGUCGGUUUUAAAGUGCAGUGUAGAUUGGUUAAUAUGUAAGCUUUUUACUCUAAUAUAGAAUAAGUGGCGUUUUAGUGUGUACACCGGUCAAGGAUCGUAUUGCUGUUUUUCAAUUCAGGGGGACAUAGGCCCAUUCAAUGCAUCACUGCCAACAGAAGUGCCUCUGUGGGUGGCAAUAUUUCUAAAACAGAGAAGAAAAUGCAGAAUCCAGCCUCCUGAUUGGAUGGAUGUUGGUAAGAGAAGGAGUUCAGUGCAAGCAAUUCUGUCAUAUUGCACAGUCAUCAGUUUUAAAGCACGCACCUGUGUAAGGCAGACACUUAGGUUAUGUCUUGCAGGGUAUGACACCCAUGUAAAAGUGAUAGUGAUGCAGGGCUGUCAACCCCCCUCAUCUUCAAAUAUUGAGAAUUGAUAGGGAAGGGAUGAUAGAUGACGUCAUAAUGCACUGUACAUGACAUCAUUUGGGCAAAAAAAUGCAUGAAAAAGCACAAUUGUAACAUUUGACCUGAUUGGUUUACUUCCCACCAAUCACAUUAUCGCUUAUAAUACAAUGGCAUACACCAGAGUUUGUGAGGAAACAUUCAAUAGCAAAAUAGCUCAAACAACACAAAAUUUCAUUGUCGGAAAGUCUAAUCUACAAGAAAUGAUAAACUUUGGCAAUUAUCCGGGAGAUUUUAGACUCUAAUCUAGAGACUGGGAGAAACGGUUCAAAAUCUGGAGUCUCCUGGAUUAUCCGGGAGAGUUGACAGCACUGGGGAUGCUGGUCUUAGAAUUUAUUAAACCCUAAAAGGAGACUAAAGUAAGCAUGACCCAGACUUUAUUUGACCCCCAAAAAAGGGGUACUCCAACAAAGUGGGACAGCAUUUAAUAUUUUUAUUGGGAUGUUUCUCUACACGCAACCUUUAGUGAUGCAUUAAUGGCCAAACAUAAUUUAUUGGCAUUUCAUCCUGAGCACCCUAAGAGAAAUCAAAAUUUGCAAUCUCUACCCCUAAAUUCGGAGAUGAGCAUCCUGCCAUUUUUAUGUGGGAGCAAACCCCGCCCGGGAGGGAUGUGGGGGAGGGAUAGUAAAUGGGUAUCAGUUAGAGACACCUACCGGUAUGUACAGUGUAUUAUUGUCAACUCUUUCUAAGACAGACACUGUUGUGACCAGCACCAAUUGUCCAUUUUAAAGAGGUAUCUGUCUUUUAUAGAGUCAAAGGCAGGGACCAACUCCGUUGCCUCUUUUAGAGCAGUAACCAUCUUAAACAUGGCGUAACUUUUUGUAAAGAGAUUUUGUUGACUGAUGUAUAGGAAGUCUGAUACAUGCUUGUAUAGUUGGGGCAUGGGUGUGCCAGGGCUGUCAGUAGGAGCCAAGGGCCAGGGAUUUUCCUUGGCUACUAUUAGCGUGAGCCCCGGCUACUUUCAUAGGAAACAAAAGGAAAAUCAAAUCAGAAGAACUUCCUUGCUGUUCAGUUCCUCUCCUACUAAUUGCAGAUACCCGGCAACUUGAAAUUUUAGUAACAGCCCUGGGUGUGCUCCAAGAAAAUUGUAGACUGCCCAUUGAACAGAACCUGUGAAAUCCAGGGUUUCCAGUACAUGCAAAAAUUAAGAUUUUCUAGUCAUCCAAGAGCAAAAGUAAGAGCCAGGGGCCACUGAUGGAGUGCUGAUAGAUCAGAGCACUGCCCUGAUUGGGGAGAAAACAUGUUAAGGGCUACAUGUAAAAGGGUCUGAGUUAAAACUUAUUUCACAGAAAGACUUCAGGAACUCAAGGAAAAGGAGAAAGAGGCUGAGUACUUCACGAAAAUGCCUUCAAAACACUACAUGGAAAUUGCUUCCCUUCUUCUUAGCAGGUAACAUGGAAGAAUACAGUGUGACUAUCAUGAACUCCUCAAUAUUAAUGAACUACUGUUCUUUGAAGAGCGAACUGAGGAAGACUUAGACUUAGUGUAAGAGAUUAGUUGAAUUAACCUGACAUUUGGCUACUGCGCAGCUUUCUGCAUGGAAGGUUCUGAGUUCAAUUCCAAGGAGUGACCUCAAAUCCUUGUUUGAACUUCUUUCCUUUAGUUUCAAUGUAGCUUUAAGUGGUUUAAAAUACCGAUAAAACAGAGCACUGAGGGAAAGAGAGGGAGUAAAAUGACCUCACUGUCAGCCUUAGGUUUGUCAGUUGAAGUCAUGUUACAAGUUACCAACGUAAUAAUAAGGACUUUUACGCUAACCUUACCUUUAUUUGUUCAUGUGUAUUUAAAGUAAAAGAAAUGGGAGAGUAGUUUUUCUCUAUUAAAGGGGGGAACUAGGCCAGAGCACAGUAGAGGCUUUAUGGUUAAAUAUUUACAGUGGAGUUUAUUGAACAUUCUGAAGCUUUUUAUUUAACAGUAGUCUGAUACAGCAUAUUUAAAUUAACCUUUCUUUCUAGUGCUGCUGAUGACAUUCCUCAUGCAGAUGAGGUGCGCACAUUAAUCAAAGACAUUUGGGACUUGAGGAUUGCUAAACUUAGAAAAUCUAUUGACAUCAUGGUUAGCCAACAGGAAGUCUAUGCACGGGUACGUAUGGCCUUUUAAUAUUUUUGGACUUACUGACUCUUCUGUUAACUCCAGCUGCUUUUUCUCACUGUAAAUCCUCUAUAGUUAUUACCCACCUCUCAAAUAAGCUCCCCCCUUUUCAGGGAAAGAAAGUUAUUAAGUCCCCUCCCUCUUAUAUCCCCUUCCCCCCUUAUUCAUAUGAUUAUUACACUUCAUAUGGACUUAUCUGGUAUGUUUUACCAUGUGCUGGAAGUUUUGAUUUGUUUUUGAUCUUCGGCUACGUGACCUACAACUUCAUGUGCCUGAGCUUUUCCACUCUGUGUUCUUGUUCUUUAUGGAAAAUUGAUACCACCACCUUUGCUAAAUUAAAUACUGCCCCCCCCCCCUUCAAAAAAGCAUGCCAUCUCUAUUAAGCCCCCACCCACCCCCCUCAAAUGGAAUAGAGGAUUUAUGGUUAAAUUAACACAUGUCAUAUAGUGGGGUAAGGAACCAUUCCCCAAAUUUAAGGUAGUUGCUGUUUUUGCUUAAAAGGUGCUACAGUUGCACUUUUUUUAAGAGCGAAUUCUACUCAGAUGUCGUCACUUCAUUUCCUGUGUGUUUUGAGUAAGGAGUUACCUGUUCUGGGAUGUGCCCUAGCACCACCUAACAGGGCUUUUGCCGAGAUUUCAUAAAAUACAGUAUGCUAGGGCUACGUUUUUGGUAGGCAGUGAAUUUAACAGCUAUAAAGUUCUCUUGGUUCUAUUUUCCUUUUGUUUCCUAUGAAUCUUAAAAAGUUUCUCAUGCUAACAGGGGCAGGGGGGAAUCCCCUGCCCCCCGGCCUAGUCAGUGCCAACUUACUAGUACUUUGCCUUCGAGUGACAACAGGAAUUGGUAGCAUUCGCACCAAAUUUACCCAGGACACCCUGAUUUCAUUCUUUUUAGGGUUAGUGCUUCUGGGUUCUGUAGAAUUUUUCGUAUGUCACAGCCCUACUCUAUAGUAAUUCUGUUCAUGGGCACUCACUUGCUGUUACAAAACAUUUCUUUACUCUAAAUUGUCAAGUUAUAUCCUACCCUUGAUAAAGUGACUUACAGCAACAUAAAAUGUCACUGAUAGCUUCAAGCUCAUGCAUUUGUUAAAAAAUAAUUAUUUUUAAAUUUUGUCUUGCAGCUUGAUGAUCUGUCAUUGAUGGAAAUCAACAUGAUUCGCCCAUUUCUCACACAAGCACUUGAUCACAUGCACAACUUGAGGUGCCAUGUUGCUGAGAACCCAAGCAACACCUAA